AUGACGGAAUCACAGUCCAAAAUCGACCUCUACGCCCCCUUCGAGCGCGACACCAUCCUCGAGGUGCGCGCGAGCAAGAUGAAGAAAAUGAGGGGUCUCGAGGUCAUGAGCGGAAUCGACAAGACCAUCAUCAAUGGGCCCGUAUACGUCGGUCGCACCGGUUUGGAAGGCGAUGAGAGUGACCCGACCUUCCACGGCGGCGUCGACAAGGCCGUUCACGGCUACUGCUCCUCCCACUACCCAACCUGGGCCACCGAACACCCCUCCGCCGCUGCGGCCUUUGUCCCCGGCGGCUUCGGCGAAAACCUCGUCACAGCCCACAUGAACGAGCGCAAUGUCUGUAUCGGCGACACCAUGAUCGUCGGCAGCCCAUCCGCCCUAACCUCCAACCCGGAAUCCUGCCUCCUUCUCCAAGUCUCUCUCCCCCGCCAGCCCUGCUUCAAACUCAACCACCGUUUCCAACUCAAGAAGUUCGCCCCCUUAACCUGGAAGCAUUCACGAACAGGCUGGUACUACCGCGUGCUUCGCCCUGGUUUCGUCCAAGCCGGCGACGAGAUCCGUCUUGUCUCUCGUCCUCACCCGCAAUGGACCAUCGAGCGAAUCCAAGAGUACCUCCACCGCAACCAGGACGACGAAGCCAUGAACGCCGAACUAGCCAGCAUCGAAGAACUCGGCGCAGAAAGCCGCGACGCAUUCAAAGCCCGCGUGGCCCGCUCGGCAGCCAAGAAGAAACGAGCAGAAAAGCUCGCUCGGUGGCGCGACUUCCGCGUCGUCGAACGACGACAAGAAACCUCCCGCAUCCUCUCUUUCAUCCUCGAAGCCAUCGACCCCAUCAUCCCUCCUCCGGGCGACGAAAAGUCCAUCCUCCUCAAACCAGGCGCGCACGCCCGCGUCAAACUCGGCAACGGCCUUGUCAGGGCUUACUCCAUCGUCGGCCCCUCUUCUUGCUCAACCAUCAACCGCUUCCAGCUCGGCAUCGCCCUCGAGCCUCACUCCCGCGGCGGCUCCGCCUACUUCCACUCUCACGUCUUCGAGGGCCACGUCCUUUCCGUAUCCACAACCUUCACCAACGCGCUAUCGGGCAACAACAACAACAACAACAACAACAGCGCAGGCGGCAUCUCUCACCACAUCUACGUCGCCGGCGGGGUAGGUCUCACCGCCUUCCUGACCUCGCUCGAACAGCUGCAAUCCAUCCACGUCUCAUGCGAACUGCACUACGCCGUUCGAUCUAACGAAGACAUUCCCUUUCGCGACCGUUUAUCCCAACUUAACCCUGGCACUGUGAAGAUCUACGACAAGACACAAGGCGAACGACUUAAUAUCGAAGAAAUCGUUAGACAAAUCCCGUGGAACACCAUGAUUUACUUUUGUGGACCCAAGAGUCUCAUGCUGGAGGCUGCGCGACAAGUAAAACAGUAUGGCGUGCCGGAGGGGGAAGUCCACUUUGAGGCGUUUGAGGCGGAUGUCGGUGGUGAUCCGUUUGAGGCGGUGGUUGCGAAUAGGAACGACAAGAUGGUUCUUCAGGUGGGAGGGGAUGAGACGCUGUUGGUGGUUUUGCAGAGGGAGUUUGGCGAUGAGGAGGUGGAGGGGAGUUGUUGCGUGGGAAAUUGCGGGACUUGUAAGGUCAUUCUUAAGGGGGGAAGGGUGGAGCAUAGGGGCACGGCGUUGACGGCUGAAGAAAAGGGGGAGGUCAUGUUGGCUUGUGUUAGUAGGGGGGUGGGGAGGAUUGUUAUUGAGAUUUGAGGGGGUGAAGGCGAUGGUUUUUGUUGGUUGGCAGUGGGGGUGCAAUAGGGAACGGAACCAUGUGGAAGUUAUCCGGCAGUGGGAAGAAGAGGCUGCGUAAGGAAAGAGGCCUCGGUGGUUUUUUCCCCCUCAUUUUCGUGUUCAGCAAGC